AUGGAUAACAACCCGCAGGCCGUAGUGGCUGUUAAGGAAGAGCACGUCAUUAUCGAUGGAGUUCGAUUGAAAAAGACGACAGCAGUUGUUGCAACAGAACAAGGGUUAGUUUGUGCUGAUAACACUGAAAAUGUUCUCAAAGGUUUUAUUUAACGAGUUUGGUUAAGAAGAUGGAUCAGUUUACGGCGAUGAGAUCUAGUUCCUGUUCAACGCCUGUAAAAUAGAUUUUGUUAGCCUUUAAAACGAUGAUUCUACCGUAGGUUUUUACCUUUAAUUGAAUGAGUGGUUUGAUAUGAGCCAUUCAAUUGACUCCAUCAGCGGAUGACCAAGGCGGAAGUAAUGCUGAGUUCUGACUAAUUUCACUUGUUGUUCAUUCAACCUCUUAGUAAGCUUACUUCAACUGUAGCCGAGAAUUCACCAAAUCCUUUCUACCUGUUAUGAAAGUCUGCUUAAAUGUCUUUAAGUUAGUAGAAUUCGUUUGUACAAAGCGAGUGUUUUACAUAUUACUUUGCUUUCUUAAAUUUUUCGUUUUCAUGUUUAUGCGCCGAUGAUUUAGCCAAACAUUGCGACCUUGUUUGUGAAGCUUUGAUAUUUUGCUGUUAAAACUAUCCUAAGCACAACCAGAUAAUUUGGUUUUAUGAGUUGAUAAUGUAGAUGGUCCACCGUAAAGAGUUUCUAAGCUGACGUUUCGAACGUUAGCCCUUCGUCGGAGCGAUUGAUCUGCAAGCCAUCUGAACAUCUAUAGCUCGCCUUUAACAACUGUUUAUUGUAAUCGUAGAAAAACAUCACUUUCACCUUUUAGAAAGCUUUUACUAGGGACGAAAAAUUUUUUCCCCUCUGUUUCAGUACUUUGUGGGGAUUCUCGAGAAUUCGCCGCUAUACAUUCCGAUUUGGUUCCAAGGUAGAAAGAUAAAACGUAAAUAAGAAAUCAAGCCCUUGCUGGAACAUUCUUGGAACUCCUGAGUUUCCUCGGUAGACUUGGUAGGGGUUUCGUACGAUGACCAAUGAUAUCUGUCCUAUUGCAACUAUGUUUCGUCUCUCUCUUAGAUUCACUUUAUCUAAAAUGUGCAGGUGAAGACUUCUUUACUUUAGACAUUACUUUCAUUUUGCUAACACUUAAAUUUCUUUCAGCAUCUUGGCCAGGGAAGUGAUAGAGGCAAGUGAAGUCAAUUUGCCCCGAAGGUAAAAGUCUACAGUAAAUAUUAACCUUCAACAUAAGAGAAUUUUCUCAUUGAAAAUUGAGCCCCUGAUGUCACGUUAAGCUUCAAGGAGACUAAGACAAAAUCCUUCAACAAACAGCAAGAGUGGAAAAUGAAGAACAUCAAAACAGAUUGUAAAUGGAGAACUUUAGCAAUUAAGACAGGACGCGAUGCGAUCUCGGUUGAUAACAAUAAUCAUUGAUUAAUAAUGGUAAUGAUAAUAUAAGGAAUAAUAACAAGUAUUACAGACAUUAAAAACAUGCUUUCCCAAUGAUUUCGAAACAUUUAUUUUUUAUUUAUCGCUCUUGACGUACAAAAAUAACUAGAUGACUAUUUUAAAAACCAAUUAAGUAUUGCAUUGUCAAAGGAAUAUAAUUAUGAUACACACCUUGUAAAUAUGUUCUGGCCAGGUAAAAUUCUGCUUCAUUAUAGUUACAUGGCAUUUUGGAAGAAUUUUAAGCGGGGUUGUAUACGACAUAUGACUAGAGUUUGGGCAGAAGAGAGGAUCUGCAAAGUGUCACGAGGAGUUUGACAAGAGUUCAUGCCACAUCCAUUUUGAUGCAUGAUAUUUUGUUUUGGCCUUUUUCAGAACAUCUUCCGCACUACCUCCCCUUGGGGAAGUAGUUCUUCAUUAAGAAUCGAGGCAAUUCCUUUUCCCUCUUUUAGCAAUCUUAAUCCUAAGAGAGGAUCUUAAACCAUCUGCAACGUUAGCACUUGCCGAAGAGAGCCUGAAAAAAUUCAGGCAUCAACGGGAUUCGAACCCAGGCCUCUCAGAUACCAGCUGGGCGCUUCUACCGACUGAGCUACGAAGCCGUACGUUGGGGACACGAAUUUUAGGCUUAGAAAAUAUUUUUAAUUGAUAAGGUUUCAAAACUCUAAUUUGCUUCAUCAUUUUUCAGGUGUCUUCAUUGUCCUGUUGCUGCUUGUGGGUUAUUUGAUCUUUGGCGUUAUCGCUUUGGCAUGUUUAUCGCUGUAUUGUCUUUGCGAGUGCAUCUGCUCAGCUAGAGAUAACUGAGAAAUGGAUUACAUUAUUGGUUUAUCUACGGAGAUGAAUUUAAAUUGAAUCAAUAUUUAAUUAUCUAUAGCGUUUUCACUAAAUGUUUUAAAAAAUAACUUAAAUAGUUUGGGUUUUCAUUUCUUCGAAUUUGGCACUCUUGAACAGAUUUACUUCGGGUCAGUCAGAUCAAGGUGGUGAUCAAGUGCUAAACGGUUCCAUGCUUCAUCAAAAAAUUACCUCAGUUUCUUACUCAACCUCCAACAAAGCUGUUUUCAUAUUCAGUACAAAGCUAAGAAAUGAACUUAACUCGUACAGCAAUAUACAUGGUUGUUAGAACAGCAAUGCUAUUACAUAGUUUAGUAUAUGAGAGAAUGUUUUCCGGUAAGCUUGAAGAAUUACUUGAAUAAAGUUGCUUAAAGUAAAAUUACGCUCACUUCAUGACGUCAUAGUGAUGCCCCCAUCGUCGUUACUGAUUGGCUGGAACCAACCAAGGUCCUUUUUCCCCGAAAUACACAAAGUUCAAGUUGUUUGUCAGUGGAGUGUAGUCACACCUUAACGAUUCGACUUGGAAAUGAACAGCAACCUGCAGGCCGUAGUGGCAAAACUAAGGUACAGCAUGUCAUUAUCGAUGAAGUUCCAUUGGAAAACAAGACAGAAGUUGUUGAUACAGAGCAAAGAUUUGUUAAACUUAUCAUACUGAAAAUUUUUCCAAAGCUUUACUCUCAUGAGUUUUCCAGCGCAGGUAAAACUGUAGAUCUGUUUACGGGGAUGAGAUCUAAUCUACUGUUCAACCUAUGUAAAUGAAAGGAGAGUUGUUUAAGUCUGUAAGCGAAUUCAAUGGUUCAUUGGGAGUCAGUGUAGAUGACUUCAUAACCAGGAAAUAAUUCUGAGUUCUGACUCAUUUCGAUGAUUUCUGCUCUCGACCUCUUGGUAAGCUUGCUUAUAACCGAAAGUUCACCCCCUCUUCCACUUCUCUUUCUCCUUGCCUGUAUUAUAUCAUUACGUGAGAAAAAAUUUUCAUAAAACUGGAAUGAGUGUUAUACUUAUUUCUUCUUGUAGAAGAAACUUUGCUUUAUUCACAUCAAUUAUGUUGGUCUUUACACUGUAAUGAUUCAGCAAAAAUAUCUCAGUACUUUUUUCCUGAUACUUCGAUAUUUUGUGCGGAAAAGAAAAACAUUUUUCUAUUUUGGCCAGGACAUCUCCCCUACUAUCUCCUCCAGGGGUGGUUGUAGUAGAUUCUCGACCACCAUCAAAUGACAGCUGCGCUGACUUUUGUUUCAAGCAUGAAACCAGGUACAGCUGGUACGACUUACGGAGGAAAGCUAGGCAUUCAGAUGCUUUCAGAGCCUCACUUGUCAGGGCUCACUUUCAGGGCUCACUUUAGCUUACAAUCAAGCAAUCGGAAUUGUCUGGUCAAAUCAUUCCUUGGUCAAAUUGAAGUUAUUUAUUUAUGUACUUAUCAAUCCCCCAUCGUAUUUCUUUAUUUAUUCAUUUGUUUGAUUACUUAUCUUGGCUGUCGAACGGUAUUGAAUCGGCGCCCUGAAGAUCUUCGAUCUGAACAGCUGAUUUACGGAUAAGAAAAAAAAAUUAAACCUAGGAGGUGAAAUUUGGGAAGAGAGGUCUGUGCACAUCGAGUUAAACGCGGCAAAGUCCCAAUAAAAAAGCGUUUCUCUUAGUUUUUCCUGAUAAAAAGCAGUCAACAAGAAAAGAUUCCUGUUGUCGUUGGUUUGUGUUACACGUCCUAUUGUUGUAAGAAAAUCGAACAGAUACGAUUUUACGUUCGGCAAGCCGCAUUUACCCAAAAUGGAACUAGCUACUCUGAACCCACCUUGCCUUUGCUAAGUAACACUGGAAGAAAAAAAAGAACUUCAAGUAUUUGGAUUUCCCCUGCAAUUAAAGAUUGUGGCCGAUACUUCCAACAAUUCCUGUUAGGUUGGCAGGUAGGAUCUAUUUUUAAGGGUUUCAAGCUGAAUCGUAAACAUAAUCAGUUGAUCAGUUAAAAAGUCUCUAUAUGUGAUUAGUUUCAUCGUUUUUCAGGUACCUGCUUUGUCAUGUUGCUUCUGGUGGGUUAUGUGAUUUUUGGAGUUGUCAUUUUGGCAUUAUAG